AUGGACGCUUUGCAGACAAUCCUCGGAACCCAAGUUCAGGCGAUACCCCCCUCUGAUGGUACAGACCUUUAUGAGGGUUUCUUGGAACAUGCGAAGGAACAUCGAUUCCAAGUUGACAACUCCUCUCUAACGGAACUUCAUAAUCUGGAAGAAAGAUCAAAGGCCAUUGAACAAGCAAUUGAAGAAAAGAUACCGCCAUUGCAGUCUUACUUUUCGGGCCUGAAUGACAAGUUCAAGUCAUUGACGAGAGACCUCAGCUUGAUUAGGGGUAAGUCGUUAGAACUCAAUAAGCUAUCACAAGAGAACUCUAAGGACCUUGCAGGAAUCAGUCCUUUGGUGAAUGACCUUAUAAUCUCUCCUGAGGUUGUUUCCCAGAUCACUCGCGGCAAGAUAAAUGCUUCGUGGGUUGAGAAUGCUGCCUACAUCAAAGACAAGCAGGAGAUAUAUGCUAAGUAUAAAGAAGAGAACUGGGAAGUGCCAUCAGACUUUGCAAAGCUGAGCGAACUUCUGGACGUCUUGCAAUCGCUCGUCCUGGAGAGGAGCAAAAAGUUUAUUGUGUCGAGAAUCAAAAUACUGAGGGAUCAUCGCACCGUGCCCUCACAAAGGAUACAAAGCCAGCUUUUGGAAGUGAAAGAAAUAUUUCAAUACUUGGUGAAGCACAACUACUCCCUAGCUUUGGAACUGAGACAGGCGUAUGCUUAUACAAUGAGAUGGUACUACAAACAAUACUUCAGUCGAUACAUGCGGUCCCUCACUAUUCUCCAGUAUGUUUCCAUCGAUUCUAACUAUGCAUUAGGGCGCGGCCUUUCUAAUUCUGCUACCGCCUCUGGCAGGUUUGCGAGCUACUUUUCAGGCGGAUAUAAAUCGUCGAUGAUCGGCUCUUCUAAUCCUUCUGACGCGGCAAUCAACGAUUACUUUCAGAUAGAAAAGAGACUGUCAGUCCUUACGCAAGAAGACAACACUGUUAUGGUAUCACAGAUAGCCGAAAAUAACAACGCGCCAAACUUUUUGGAGGUUGGCUUCAAAAACUUAAACCUAGCCAUUCUAGAUAAUUGUUCCGUUGAGUUUACCUUUUUGAAUGACUUUUUUCAAGUUAGCAAUAACGUUGAGGAUCUCCGUGGUAUUCUGGAACAGAUUUUUCAGCCCACGUUUGAGGACGCGAUGGCGUAUACAAAACGACUCGUCACGCCAACCUUUGACAUGUUUGGGGUGCUGAUAAGUAUCUGGAUCUCUCACCACUUGCAGUUUGAGUCACAACGCAGAAAGGUCCCCGUUGUGGACGAGUAUCUUGAUGGACAACUGAUACUGCUGUGGCCUAAAUUUCAGCAGCUUGUUGACUUCCAAUGUGAAAGUCUCCGGAAUUUCCCCAUAUCUGUUCACGCGAAGACGCAUUCCGCAAGAAAGGAAGAGCCCGACCCCUCCACCACAAUCCAAGACCUCACCGUACAAUUUGCCAAUUUCCUGAACAGUAUUCUUAUGUUAUCCAUGACCCAGAAAGAACACAUUGACGAACGUUCUGAACCUCUCUAUAAUUCUGUCAUCAGAAUCAGGAACGACUUCGAAACUGUCAUGACAAAAUGCAGCAAGAAGACAAAUCACCCUGAGAGAUUUCUGGCAACGAAUUACACUUAUCUAUUGAACGCUCUCCAGCAGAACUAUGUUAGCAGGGAAAGACAGCAACAUGACGAUACAGCAUUCAAGCCUUCCUUGAUUUUUCAGGAAACUAAAACCCAUCUUGAAGCUCUAGUUGAAGCUUUCAGCUCCAUCACGUGA